GGUGUGGGUCCAGUUUCAGUCUUCUACAGGUUGCCAGCCAGUUCACCCAGCAUCAUUUGUUAAAUAGGGAAUCUUUUCCCCACUGAAUGUUUUUAAUUGGCUUGUCAAAGAUUAAAUAACGGUAAGUAGCUGGAUUCAUCUCUUGGUUCUCUAUUCUGUUCCAGACAUCUACUUCUCUGUUUUUGUGCCAGUACCAUGCUGUUUUAAUCACUAUCGAUUUGUAGUCUCAUGAUUUUCUUAACAUUUUCUUUUCUCUAGCUUACUUUAUCCUAAGAAUAUAAUAUAUGAGGUCUAACAAUUAAGUUCAUGAACUCAUCCUAGAAAAAGUGCUAUACCUCAUUGCUAAAUAUCACAACUGUCACCUCCAAUGUACUUCCCUUGGGAAGCUAUGCACAGAUGCCAGCACCCAGUCCACUCUUCAAAGCAAUUUUGUAACUCUUUUGCAGUUGAGCAAGAACCCCCACCCAUCCUUGAUGUUUCCCCUUAGUAUUUUCCAUCCACUGACCCUACCGUAGCUGUUCCUUAGCUGUGAAUUGUCAUUUGCCCUUGUAUUCAGAAUGGGCUUGGUCUUAUACUGUGGUCUCUUUUCCUCUUCGCAAUAGUUCCUGAAUAAAAUGUGGCUUUAUCAUUUUAACUUCUGUCUAGUUCUAGUUUUCUUUAACGGGGUGGGGGGCUCUGGGGGGACCGAGUAUACACGCUGGUAGUUGCUCAAAAAUACCUUAGAGAAUUCACACAACUAUAGUGCUCUGACGCGGUGGACUCGGCAGGGACUCCCGAGCUGCCGCGAUGGCCUCAGGGAAAUGAAGUCCACGCUGGAAAUGCCCUUUGCCCCAACCCCCUUAAGUCCCGGAGGCUGUGCGCCUCUACUCAUUUCUACUCAGAAAUGCCAGGGUGCCCGAAGUCCUAUGCCGGAAUCCUGCAACCGGCGAAGGCCGGUCUCAGUCCUAGAGGGGCUAACCACUAGGCGUCCUGAACCCGCACAGCUGCCUAGAGCCGCAGUCUCCUAGGUGAAGCACAACCUGGAGUCGAAGAAGCCGCAGCCCAGCCCGUCGGAGGUGCCGAGCGUCUGAGGAACUCUAGGAAGGCUAUUCCAGGGUGCGACCGGGGAUGGCCGCAAUUGCUUCGGCUCUACUUUCUCAGGAUACUACUCAUCUCAGAAAAGAGCCUGAAGGAGGAGGAUAGAAAUCAUAAAUUCUUAAAGAGAAAGCCAUGUCCCAGAUUAAAGAAGGAAGGUGAAAAAGUCCAAAGCAAAGAAUCAGUCAUCAGUUCCACGCCGAUGCUGCUCAUCUUCAAGCUUCUGCCAUGAGUAGACCAGUCAGCUCCUGUUUUUUGAACCAGGUUACAUUGAUUGCAUUUGUUAGUUAAAGUCCCUCUUACAAUUGUGUCUCGCCCCCAAAAGAAUUUGGUGACAUUUGGGGAUGUGGCUGUAAAUUUCUCUCAAGAGGAGUGGGAAUGGCUGAACCCUGCUCAGAGGAAUUUGUACAGGAAGGUGAUGUUGGAGAACUAUAAGAGCCUAGUAUCACUGGGAGUUUCUGUUUCUAAGCCAGAUGUUAUCUCAUUAUUGGAGCAAGGAAAAGAGCCCUGGAUGGUGAAGAAGGAGGGAGCAAGAUGCAUAAGCCCUGGUUUGAAGUAUGUGUUUAAAAACGAAUUUUUGUCAAAGCAAGAUAUUUAUGAAGAAUCAUCCAAAGUAAUGACAAUGGGAAGAAGCCAUCUUAAUUAUAGCCUUGACUGUCCCAGUAUGAGAGAAGACUGUGAAAGUGAGGACUGGUUUAUGAAUCAGAUGGGAAUUCAAGAAGUUCAUUCUAGUCAUUUAAUCGUCACUCAUAAAGAUAGUAUCCGAGAAGAUCAAAGUAAUAAAUACAAUAAAUCUUGGCAGACAUUUCAUCAAGAUGCAGUACGUGAUAUACAACAGAGUUUUCCCACCAAAGAAAAAGUACAUAAGCAUGAUCCACAAAAGAGAAGUUACCGAAAAAAAUCAAUUGAAUUGAAACAUAAAGUCUAUGUGGAAAAAAAACUUUUGAAAUGUAACGAAUGUGAGAAAGUCUUUAAUCAGAGCUCUUCUCUUACACUUCAUCAAAGAAUUCAUACUGGAGAGAAACCUUAUGCAUGUAUUGAAUGUGGGAAAACCUUCAGCCAGAGUGCAAACCUAGCUCAACAUAAGAGAAUACAUACUGGGGAGAAACCCUAUGAAUGUAAAGAAUGUAGGAAAGCCUUCAGCCAGAAUGCACAUCUUGCUCAACAUCAGAGAGUUCAUACUGGAGAGAAACCUUAUCAGUGUAAAGAAUGUAAAAAAGCCUUCAGCCAGAUUGCACACUUAACUCAACACCAGAGAGUUCAUACUGGAGAGAGACCUUUUGAAUGUGUUGAAUGUGGGAAAGCUUUUAGUAAUGGUUCAUUUCUUGCUCAGCAUCAGAGAAUUCACACAGGAGAGAAACCUUAUGUGUGUAAUGUAUGUGAGAAAGCCUUUAGCCAUCGUGGAUAUCUAAUUGUACAUCAGAGAAUUCAUACUGGAGAGAGACCCUAUGAAUGUAAAGAAUGUAGGAAAGCUUUCAGCCAGUAUGCACAUCUUGCUCAACAUCAGAGAGUUCAUACUGGAGAAAAACCUUAUGAAUGUAAAGUAUGUAGGAAAGCCUUCAGCCAGAUUGCAUACCUUGAUCAACAUCAAAGGGUACAUACUGGAGAAAAACCUUAUGAAUGUAUUGAAUGUGGGAAGGCUUUUAGCAAUAGUUCUUCACUUGCACAACAUCAGAGACGUCAUACUGGAGAAAAACCCUAUAUGUGUAAGGAAUGUAGGAAAACAUUUAGCCAGAAUGCAGGCCUUGCUCAACACCAGAGAAUUCAUACUGGAGAGAAACCUUAUGUAUGUAAUAUUUGUGGGAAAGCCUUUAGCUAUAGUGGAUCUCUUACUCUACAUCAAAGAAUUCAUACUGGAGAGAGACCAUAUGAAUGUAAAGAUUGCAGGAAAUCAUUCAGGCAGCGAGCACACCUUGCUCAUCAUGAGAGAAUUCAUACUAUGGAGUCAUUCUUGACUCUUUCCUCUCCCUCACCCACCACAUCCAAUCAUUUGCCAAGACCUAUAGGUUUUAUCUCCUAAAUGUGUUCAGAAUAUGAUCUCUUCAGUCUGUUUCCAUUUCAUCCUUGUCCAAUGAACAUUAAUGUAUUUGACAUGGAAUAUGGAAAUAGCUUUCUUAUUCAUCAUUACCUCUGUCAGCCAAACUUAAAAAAAAAAACAGUCAUAUCAUUUCUCCAUUAAAAUUCCUCAGUGGCAUUCCAUAAUUCUGAAGUUAAAGCACACAUUCCUAAAAAUAGCCUAUAAGACUUUUUACUCACAAUAACUUGUCCCAGACGGUAUUCCAAAGCCCUCUCAUGUUACUAUUUAUUUUAUUCUGGCAUCAAGCAAACCUGGGUUACAAUUCUUCCUCUUCCGUUUUUGAGCCCUCUAAUCUGGGGAGAGCAUUUUGUCCUUUGAGAGCUUCAGUCUUACUUAUGAGAAUAAUAAUGGUUCUACCUCAAAAGUUAAUGGAAGAAUUAAUGCAUGUAAAUUGCUCAGCAGAGUGCCUACCAUACGUAAUAACUCAAAUAUUUAUGUGAAAUAAAAAGAUACCAUGGUAUACAGUGCAGAGCUAAUCAUCUCAGCUGUGACCAUCUGAGAAAUAAAAAGAAAGGCAGCUCAGGCCUCAGAAAUUGUGGGGUUUUGAUUAGGAAUAGUAAUGCUUGUUCUAAAUAUAGGUUAUGAGGGUACCUAAUACAAUAGGAUUAACUUAAGCAUCUGGCUUCUAUCUCAGCAUGAACAUGUAGAUAUCCAACUUUAUUGGUAAGAAAAACAACUUAGCUGGGUGCAGUGGCUCACACCUGAAAUCCUAGCACUUAGUAGGCCAAUGUGGGUGGAGUGCUUGAGCUCACAGGUUCAAGACUAGCCUGAAUAAGAGUGAGACCCAGUCUUUAAAAAAAUAGGGCAUUUGUGGCGAUGCCUGUAGUCCUAGCUACUUUGGAGGCUAAGGCAAGAGAAUUGCUUAAACCCAAGAGUUUGAGAUUGCUGUGAGCUGUGAUGCCAUGACACUCUACUGAGGGUGACAAAAUAAGACUCUUGUCUCAAAAAAGGAAAAACAACUUAGAUAUCCAAUAGUUCUGAGAGGUCAGUUUUAAAAAAAUUUUAUGAGUAACAUUUACUCAGAUGUACUGACCAUUUAUAUGUAAGCAGAUGCAAAAUAAAAAUUUAAACAGAAAACUUAAAAAAAAAAACACUAGACAACAAAGAACAAAAUAAAAGUUUGUGAACACCUAA